GCUAGCUGCAGGCAUCCUAGCCUCGACUGCGCCAAACCGCCGACUAACAAACCAUCUUGACUCUCUCUCGCGCCUUAGUUGAGGUGUGCGGAUCUUGUAUGACCCAUUGAAUGUUUCUUAUGAGCUGCCAAUUGUAAUUACCACCAUCCGACCAGCCCCGCCACUCUUAAGGAAGUAGCGAAGCUCUCCCCCGGCAGACGCGGCGCAUGUUCAUAAUCUGCGACGAAUCACACACUCGAUAACAGCGAACUUCUUGCACCCCGCGGCGGAACGCAACUGUACCGUCUCUGAAGUUCACGGAGCAAUGUCUCCUGUUUCCAACACCCGAUGAGUUUGAGUCGACCCCGGGAGGAGGAUAGCCCGGCGGGCGCCAUGGCCGACGAACCAGAACUGCACCCCGCCGACGACGCCAGCUCAAGCUCGGAUGACGGGGAGACAGUGAAGGGCGAGCGGGACGAGGAUCACAUUACCGACGUUAUCGAGCAGGAAGAGCCCGAGACGGACUCGGAUGCACAUCGCCCAGCUGGGCCCAGCUCCAUUGCACACCGCUACGGAGAACUGGUCGAGGCAGGACGCGAGACGCCGUCCGAGGAUGAUGGGUCAACAGAUGCCGCACCACCCCGGGUCGCGGUCAGCCCCAUUGGUUCUCCGCUCUCUGUCCCAGACGAUACGCCGUCUAUACAGGGUUCCGCCGUCUCCUCGCCCAGCAGCAGCCUAUUGCCCUCCCGUGCCUCCCGUCCCGGCCUGGCCAGCCCGACGCCUUCGUUUCGGCCUUUCGAUCGGCGGUUCCAGUCCCGUAUCUCGUCGCCACACCUCACCUCCCCACGCCCCUCUUCGCCCGCACUCUGGUCCACACACAGCCGCAACGUAUCGCUAAGCAGCCAGUUGCUGUUGGAUCCGGGGGGAUCCGAACCCCCCUCGCCGCCGUGGGAGGUCGUGCGCUGGACAAAACUGAGGAAGCUCAAUGGGCAGGUGUUUUCCGAGUCGGGCAGGCGAAACUUUGGCUCACCGACAUGCCUUGCCGUUUCGGCCACUGUCGUGUUGGGCACUUCGAAGGGGAUCAUCCUUGUGUUCGACUACAACCAGAAUCUCAAGUUGAUAAUCGGCCCGGGGACGAAAGCUGUCGAAUCCGGGCCAGUUACCGCGAUCGCCAUAUCGGCGGAUCACACCACCAUUGCCGGCGGACAUGCAAACGGCAACAUAUUCACGUGGGACACCUCAAGAGCUGCAAGGCCCUUCCUCAGUAUCCCUCAUCUAGAUCCAGUACACCGACAAAAAUCGCCGCCGAGCGACGGUCAUGUGCAGAACGUCAAAGUGACGCAUCUGGGUUUCCUCGGCACCCGGCACACGGCUCUCGUAUCCGCGGACGAUCGCGGAAUGGCCUUCUCGCACCUCGCGACCAGGGGCACCGGAGCCCUCGGUAGGACCGUCAAGACGACGCGGAUAUUGGGGCGAUACCCGGAUUCACAGCCGCCUCCGGGGAAGACCGUGAAGCCCAGCACCGUCUUGGCCUUUGCGUCUCUCCCUCUGGGAAACGUCGAGAUGGCCACCGACACCAUGGGGCUCACCGCGAUGCUCACUCCCUACUUGCUCGUCAUCGUCUCCACCACCCCGAUUGCCCAGACCCAACAUAAAUCCGCCCGGCCAAAGGAGGUUGCCGCCCACAGCCCCAUGACAGGUUGUUUGGCUUGGUUCCCCGCCGUCAAGCUGAAAGUGGCCGACCCCGUCACUGGCAGCCAGAUCUCCAAGGUAAAACUGGUGUACUGCUGGUCGAACGUCCUCACUGUCCUGGAUGUCGACGAGAUCCCCUCGGAGGACAAGGACAAGCCGCCGAGCCUCAGGUUCAGGGCACGGAGCCGGUGGAAAUGCGAGGAGGCGAUCGUCGCAGUGCAGUGGUUGAGCCGGUCGGUCCUGACCGUCCUCACAAUCUCUCAACGGCUCAUUGUUCUCGAGGACCGGAGCAUGCGCAUGACCGAGGCUUUCGACCUGAUUCACAAACACAUAUAUCACGUCGACCUCUUUUCGAAGCAGCUUGGCGCGCUGGUCGAGCAGCUCGACGAAGAAGACCCGUCGAUGCACGGUGUUGUCGCCGACGCCUUCUACAUGAGCUUCAGAACCUACAAAGGACGGAUAUUCCUCCUUGGAUUCAACGACGUGUCGAUAGGGGCACUGUCGAACUGGGCCGACCGCCUCAUCGCGCUCAUGGAGAAUGGCGACUACGUUGGCGCCAUCAAGCUCGCAACAUCGUACUACACAGGAGAUACCAACAAGCUCACCGUCGGUUUGCCCGAAGAUGCCACGUUGAGGCACUCCAUGGUCCAGGACAAGCUGGUGGAAAUCAUGAGCGCGUCGCUGAAAUACGCCUUUGGCCAGAGGCAGAAGAACAGGGAUUCUGUUGACGACCGCCAUCUCCAAGAACUGUCCGAAACGUGUUUUACUGCCUGUCUGAGCGUCGGCGACGUCGACUUUCUCUUCGACGAGAUGUAUGAGUGGUACGAAGACGCCGGGGUCGAGGGAAUCUUUCUCGAGACCCUGGAGCCUUACGUCCUUGACCGGUCGAUCACUUCCAUCCCGCCAGUGGUCGUGAAGGCGAUGGUCGCUCACUUUGUUUACAAGGGCUGGGAGAGCCGGCUGGAGGAGGUGAUUUGUCACCUGGACACUGCCACGCUCGACCUGGACCAGAUCACGCUUCUCUGCAAGCAGCACAGCCUGUACGACGCGUUGCUCUACGUGUGGAACCAGGCAUUGAGAGACUAUAUCACACCGCUGUUCGACCUUCUCUCUCUGCUCGUACCGAUCAUGCAAAACGGGCAGUCCUCGGGCGACCAGAUGGACGCCGAGAUAUCCGCGGUGAACGCGUUGAAGAUCUUCCCCUACCUUUCCUACAUCCUUACUGGAAGAGUUUACCCAACGGGCGAAGCACUGCCCGAGGAUGUCGCGCGGAACGCCAAAGCCGAGCUCUACUGGCUGCUCUUCUCGGGGAAGAGCGUCACAUGGCCGAAGGGUAGCAACAAGAGGUUGCUGACGAGGCCGAGCCAGUCUCAAGAACCUUCAUUCCCUUAUCUUCGGCUAAUCUUGAGCUUUGACGCCGCAAGCUUCCUGAGCGCUCUCAACGAAGCCUUUGAGGAUUCCUUUCUUAACGACUCCUCGGAAGAGCCGAAUGGAAGUCCCGGCCGGGAUCUGCCCGAGGAGCAGAUCUUCGGCCUGACGGUGAACAGACAGUACAUCGUCUCGAUCCUGAUGGAAAUCAUGGCCUCGCCGGAGUUCUCCUCCAAUGAGACCAUUUACCUGGACAUGUUUAUUGCCAGGAACCUGCCGAAAUACCCUCAAUACCUCCUCUUCCCCGGCUCGACCUUAGACAAGGUCCUGGUUGGGCUCUGCAAGUAUCCCGGCCGGGAUCUAGCAGAGGAUGCCCAGCUCAGCGCCGAGUAUCUCUUGUCUGUGUACCAACCAGCAGAUGUCACAGAACUCAUCCCACUCUUCAGAGAAGCCGGUUUCUACCGCAUCCUGAAGCGCAUUUAUCGAGGCGACAAGCAGUACGGUAGACUGAUCCAAACCUACUUCGAAGACCCGGAGGAUCAGGAAGACGUCUUCAACUGCAUUGACACGUAUUUGCGGCCCCGAGCAGGUCUCACGCGGCGCCAGACCCAGGACAUCCUUCGGGUUAUCAAGCAGCAUUCGGCGGAGCUCGUCAGCCUCGACCCCGCGAUGGCAGCCCAAACCAUCGCUAGACACGCGCCCGAGCUACACCAAGACGUCUUGGAUUCGGUGGCUGCGCAGCCGGGCCUUCAGUACGCGUACUUGAGGGCAAUACUGGAGCCGGAAAAGGAUACUGGCGUGGGCCGCUCGACGGACAGAGACCUUGUGGAGCACUACUUGCGGCUGAUGUGCCAGUUUGAUCCUGACCACGUCUCGGAUUAUGUUGGUUUAGUCCAGUCUUCGAACCUAAGGCUUGAACAGCUGCUCCCGACGAUGGAGGAAACGGGCGUGAUCGAUGCGGCCGUCAUUCUCAUGGCCAAGGAGGGCCAGAUUCAAGAAGCCAUGGGACGCUUGGUAAAGCACCUCGAAACUCUCGAGUCGGCAUUGCAAGGCCUCCUCGACGGUUCCCGAGACGAUGCUCGUCACCUGCAAACGUCCGCCGAGGAACUGGUGCACGCGUUGCGCAAGUUCGUCAUGGUGGGCAUCUGGCUAUGCCAGGGGCAGACCAAGACGUCGCGGGCGGCCGUGUCUAGCUGGCGAGGCCGGAAAGCGUCGCCCGAUGGGACGCUUUCGGCAGAUGAGAAUCUCUGGCUUGAUCUGAUCGACACGGCGGUGCAGAUCACAAGACGGCUGUCCUCCAAGCUGCAGCCCCCGCCAGACAAUUCUCCUUCCACGGCCGACGGCAACGCAGACACACAUCCCCCGGGCCAAUUGGACACUGAUAAGCUGCUCACCAUGCUACGCUCCCUCGUUCAGACGGCUUUUACCGCCCUGCUCAACUCCACGUCUACUGUUUUCCCUGCGUCCACGUUUGCCUCCUCCUCCUCCUCCUCCUCCUCCUCCAGGUCCCCCGCCGAGACAACGGCAGCAAUAGCCCGACAAAACACGGUCGCCGCCACGGGGAUCGGGACGAACCUGGCCUUCCUCCGCAUCCUGCGGGCGUUCCUCACCCGUGCGGCGGCCGCGUCGCCCAACCUGGCGGACCUGCGCGCCGUGCUGGCGUCGGUCUUCUCGGCCUACGCCUACGAGGAGUCGAUCCUGCGGCUGUCGAACCGGCUGCUCGAGCGCUCGCUGUUCGUCGGCGUCUCGCAGGCCGUCGAGCUGCGCCAGCGCGGGUGGCGGCCGCGGGGCUCGACGUGCGAGGCGUGCGGCAAGCGGGUCUGGGGUCCCGGCGUGGCGGGCGGGAGGGCGGUCUGGGAGGCCUGGGAGGGGAGGGAGCGGGAGGCGGCACGGGCGAGGAGGAGAAAGAGGGAGCUGAACGGGAAGGGGGUGGGCCACUCGGGGAGUGGUGGUAUGACGAUGAUGAUGAUGAUGAUGAGCGGCGCAGAUGAGGACGGCGGGGGGGAGGAGUAUACCGGAAAGGGGAAGGGGAAGGGGAAGGACUUGGGUCUGAGGUGGAGGCAGGAAGCAGAACAGAAGAAGGAGGAAGAGGAGGAGAAGGGAGGGGAGGGCACAGGCGAGGGCGCAGACUGUGAGGGCUCGGACGGGAAGAUAGAUCCGCGGAAAGAGGGUUUCGAGGGGAUGGUGGGCGCCGCGCAGAGGGAGACACAACAGGGGCUGGGGCCGCUGGUUUUACUGGCGUGCAGGCAUAUUUACCACCAGAGCUGCCUCGAAGCGCUGCUGGCCAAGGAUGGGUCGGGGAGGGAAGGGGAAUAUCGGUGCCCCAUUGAUGGGUAGGAGGAUGAGAGUGUAGAGGGGGGUUUGGGUUCUAUGUGUAGAACUGGGGAGCUAGCUCAUGGUGGUUCUUUCUCAGUACCAGCUCCUCCGUUUACCGGUUUCGAAUGGGAAAAAGCGAUGCGAAAGCAACUGUUCCAAUACUAUAGUAAUAGGCUAGUAUGGAACUUAGGGGAGUCUCCGUAUUGGUUCCGCACUCCGUUUGCACACGCACACAAUGCCCCGUGUCAGUUCGGUCUGU